GCGCGGGACAGAGCUUUGCAGCAGGUCGGGUGGGGGCGGGGCUUGCUGCUGGGCGGGGCCUGCUGCAGCCCCCAGCGAGGAUUCGGGUUCCCGGCCCAGGGUGCCUGCGUCCCCAUGGGGCUGUGCUUCCCGUGUCCCGCGGAGUCCGCACCGCCAUCCCCGAGCCCGGAAGAGAAAAGAGCAAAGCUCGCAGAGGCAGCAGAACGAAGGCAGAAGGAGGCGGCAUCUCGGGGGAUUUUGGACAUCCAGUCAGUGGAGGCAAAGAAGAAGAAGAAAGAACAGUUAGAAAAGCAGAUGGAAACAUCGGGGCCACCAACAGCAGGGGGACUUAGAUGGACGGUGUCAUGAAGCAUAUCAUACCUGGAGGAGAAUCCUGCUACCAACUCCAGCAUCUUCCGUCAGUGGAUUUCAUCUGAAUGUCUCCUCUUUACAGAUAUGAAGAGUCAGACUGUAUCAUUAGUGCCCUUUAAUGCAAUCCUAAAACUAAAUACACUAAUUAUACAAAAAUAUUGGUAAUAUUUUUAUUUUCAAACUUACAAAAUAACCUGGCUUUUCAUUCUAUUCCAUUUUCCCUACCUUUAUUUUCUCUUCUAUAGAAAGUAACUUUGUAGUUUUUGUAGUUAAAAUAUGGAUCCAAAACUGUACAUAUGCAUGGCGUGCCCUGGUCCUACAUAUCUCUCCAGUGUUGAGUUUGCUGCUGUACCUGCUUCAUAAGUAGCCUUGCUCCCUAGAGUCAUGUGACAGAGCCUGCAGUCUGUCUCUGUCUCACUAAAUAGGGAGACUUCAGUGUCCAGACUUAGUGCCUUUGCUGAUCAUCAGGGAAAAUCCUGAAGAUGCAUUUGAAGGAUUUCAGGUGAAGGAAGUCUUUAUUUUUAUAACCCACUAAGAAAUGAAUAUUUGUAGGCAAAUAUUGACUCUCUGCUAAUUUAUUUUCUAUACCUAAGGCAUAUUAACUUGAAGUUACAUGUCAGUAGGAUGUCACCUGAGUGACCUGCUGAUGUGUCCUACUAGAAGCAUGAAAGUCUGUGUAGUGAAGGGAUGAAGCCAACUGAAAAUCAGGUUGGAGAUAAUGAGUGAUAAUAUAUUUGUCGUAAGCAGUUUAUUCUUCCUCAUUUAUUAAAGAGCAAUUGUAAGAUACAUACAGACAUGAUGUUGCCAAUGAAAGUAUGAAAGAAAAAUAUGUGAAUUCUGUAUUUGGAAAGUAUAAGGAUGUCAAAGCAUGCAAACAUCAGGAGGUAUCUUGCUUGCUAGUCAGACAAGAGGUGUGCGGAUCUCCAUUCAUUAGACUUGACUUAUGACAUUGUGCUUGUUUUCUUCUGUGUAAUAAGCAAAGAUGCAACUGUGCAAGGCUGCUGCUGCUAUGGAUGCCAAGGCAUUCAGUGCCAACAUGCAGGCCUUACCUUAGAAUUUAUAGAUUCUAGCCAGUCAAGAAUCUCAGUGAAUUAGGUCAAGUCACAGCCAUAAAAAGAAACUGAGCCACUGGCUUGUCUGCCCCUCCCACAAGGUAUCUGAUAGUGUGCCACCCAUGUUCUUUUUAAAGAAUUGGAGCUAUAAUAUACGUCUCAAAAUGACUGAAGUAUUACUUUUCUAUCAUUCAAAAUGUUUCAUGAAUAUCUAGGCAAGAAAUUUUAUCAGCUCAGUUUUCAUUUAGUAAUUGUGAUAUUUUUCUUCAUAAAUGACAGUGAUAUCAUCAAUAAGUUGACUUUCAGAAAUAAUUUUUAGCUCAUUUUGGUAAGUAAUAUUUCUGACAUAGGAAGGCUGUCUCAUAGCUGAAUGGGGAGAGAGGCAGCACACACCAUCCUUCACCAUAGGAAGCCUUCCAACUGUUAGCACAGACAUCCCAUUUUCUUCCCUUCAUCUUAGAACAUGGCUUAUGCAAAGAGAAGUCUUCGUUGAGUGGGUAGUGCUGCAUUUAUUGCCUAAUGAGUGACAUACAGGUUUAUUCCUUGCUUGGGAUAUUAGGAUACACUGCUUUUGGCAGCUAUGGGCUGCCUCUGCCGUUCCAAAGCCAUGUGCAUGGCUAUGGCCUGUCCCACAAAUAUGAUGAUGUGCUUAGCCUCUUCCCAAGGCCACACAUGUCAUCGGCACUAAAUGGUGAAAUUGAAUCUCAUGACUGUGAUUGAAAGGGGGAAACAGGAUGCUUGAUGAGAAACUAGGAAUUGGCUAUUAGAAAUCAUAUAUACAUCUAAACAUUUUGUUUAGGUUAUGGAUAGUGAUGUAGAGGUAAGUUUUCUAUAAUUUAAGGCUCAAAUAACACAGCAUAACAUUGAAUAUAUCUUCCAAACGUUAUGGUCAAGUUGCUAAAACAUAAGAAAAACCAUCAGAUGCAGAAAGGUAACCAAUGUAUGAAAGCUACAGCCUUUAUUGUAAUUCUGAAACUGAUGUAUCUGAUGAUAAAAGAGUUACAUAUCAUUACAGAAGAUCUCUGUGACUGGUUGUAUGUUUGGAAACAUCUGUAAAUGGCUCUUUUAUCUGGUUUGUGUUAUGAUUAUACCUGGAAUGUGAUUUAUUCGUUUUCUAAUAUGUUUUGAGCUCAAUCUUACGUAUUACAUACAUCGUCCUAUACGAAAGUUUCCUUUGGCCAUCUCUCUUAGUAAAAUCUUUCUACUCCAUUUAAACAAAUUGUGAGUUGCCUUCGUAGUUAGGGACACGUCCAUGUCUCUGGGGUUAAUAAUGGAAAGUUAACUAAUAACUACCUGGAGGAGGCAUGUUUCUUAUCUCAUCCUGUAAAGAAGUAAUGUUAUUAUGUUGUUAUUACUUUUGCUUUUAGAUAAAAAAAUAAAGCACUGUAGAAAGGC